UGACAGGUUCGAGUAAAUAGGUCAUGUCUCCGUUUGGAGACUCAGUUUUCAAAAUGGCGACAUCAAUACGGAAAAAGAUGCGAUAGUUGUCUACGUUCGUUAUGAGCCAAUAAAGGCAUGCCUUAAUUAUAAGAAAGUGAUUUAUCAGGAUAGAUAAUUUACAUUUGUUCAAGAGUUACUGGCCUUACCAUGAAGAUAAGAAUCAGGCAAGGUUUAGCCAGUUGCCUGGUGCUAAUGAUGUGGGUGCCUGUAUUGUCUCAGAGUGUCAGAGAAUAUGACAUGGAUGAGCUGGCGACAUGUGGCAGGACUAUCAGUGUUGAUGACUCUGGGGUACGCCUCAAUGGGCGGGGCAACACCGCCCCAUCCAACCCACCCCUUGAGUGUAUUGUGUACCUCAUGUCAGUCUAUGCCAGAGAUGAUGGCAGCAAUAAACUUCAAAUUGAAAUUGAGAGUCUUGUCAUCAAAGACUGCACGGUCAGAGUGGACUUGUACAACGGCAGGACUAGUGUUGGAAACACUUUGCAAGCUCUCUCUUGUCAAUAUGGGUCUACUGGAAUAGUGUAUUCAACUGGGCGAGAAGUAACUGUUAAAUUUUCACGUCCUGAUAGAAUUAUUCACAAUGAGUAUCAGUAUAGUCUGCUGAUAAAACCAUACAAGGACCAAUAUGUGCCAGGUACUAUGAUGGGAGUUGAUGCAUUGCCAGUUGGGGCCAUCAUUGGCAUUGUAAUUGGAUGUAUUGUCCUGGUAGCCUUGAUCAUCCUCUUUCUCUGGUGCUGCUGUACAGGUAGAAUUGGAAACUUCAACAUUCCUGGCCAGUCUAUCUUCCAAGCCAGCUGUUGUCAAUAGCAGCUCAACCUCAGAGAAGUCUAAGCCUCCAAUCAUUGACUUCCAGGACCCUGUUGUAUGGAACACUGUGACAACAGGUAAAUAUGACCCACAAUCUCAGAACCGAGGUAGCCCGUACCAGAAGGGUGGACCACGCAUGGGCAGAAACUUUCAACGAGAAGGGAGCUACCGCAAUAUGCCAG